AUGUCGAGCUCUGUGUCGGGUAUCGGGGUGAUGACACCUGGCACCGCGUCCGAAGCUGAUCCCGUUGAGCUCUGGCCUGAUUCUUCAAGCGGUGGGGGAGAAACUGUGAUAUACACGCCUGCUUCAUCAGAAAUUGGUGGCACUUCGGAUGACUCUUUUGGUCUCACUCGCAAGUCCAAUCCUCACCAUGACGGCAAAUAUCUCAUCCUCGACGUCUCCCGCAGCCGUGUUUUGACGUGCUAUGAUGGCCAUCUAUAUCUUAAGCCGAUCGAUCUGAAGGAUCCUCGACGACAUGUUCCAAAACAGGCACAGUGGGAGUGCAAGGAAAGGGGCGGCUUCAAAGGUUUCAAGAAUGUUGCUGAAGGGACCUUUCUGGGCCACGAUUUCUGGUGGGAGUUCUAUGCGAAGGUCUACCACCAUAAGGGCUGGGAGGAUUUUACUCUGUGUCAUCGGGAUGGUGGCUUGUACCUGAUCCAGACCCUAGAUUGGUGGACACAGAGGCAAGUCUGUGCGAAAGAAGACGGAAAUGGCCUAUUUCGAGAGGACGAUGGGGGUACUUUGUGGGAGUUCAUCAAAGUUACGGGAUGA